AUGACCCGCGUGGCGCUAGCAGCAUUCAUAUCUAUUAUUUUAAUGGUAGCACAAGCAACAGAAAACAUGAAAUUAAGAACGAUCAAGACCAUCGUCAAGGCAAUUGAAAGACCUGAAGGUGCUGGAGCAACAGUACGUAGGUCAAUUGGUGUUGGUCAGAUGAGAAAAUUCAACCCGUUUUUGAUGUUUGAUCACUUUUCCAGCGCGGGAACUAACGGAUUUCCUCAUCAUCCUCAUCUUGGUCAAGAGACCAUCACCUUGAUAACCAAAGGUGCCAUGGCUCACGAGGACUUUACAGGCUCAAAAGGCAUUUUGUAUGCUGGAGAUCUCCAGUUUAUGACGGCAGGAAGAGGCAUUGUUCACUCGGAGAUGCCUGUGCAACAAGAAGACGGAAGUCCCACCGUUGGGCUCCAGCUUUGGGUUGAUUUACCCCAGCAAUUAAAAGAGACCGAGCCUCGAUACCGUGAUUUGCGAGAGUGGGAAGUACCACAAGUGGUGGAACAGGACGGAAAACUCAAGGUGAAGGUUAUUUCCGGAAAAAGUUAUGGGGUUGAGUCUGUCAAGGACUUGGCUUAUACUCCAGUUCAAUACUACCAUGUGACCAUGAAACCAGGUGCCAAGUUUGAGCAGGACUUACCCGAGGACUACAACUUUUUUUUGUACGUUAUGGAAGGAGAUGGGCUUGUUUUAAACGAAAAUUCUCCGGUGGGCCAAUUUGACAAUGCGUUCUUGAACAGAGACGGCAAUCAUAUAAGUGGAGAAAACACCGGCCAAAAUGAUGUUGAAUUCAUUUUGAUUGGAGGAGAGAUCUUGGACCAGCACACGGUGCAUUAUGGGCCUUUCGUGGCUUCCAAUACUCCAAGAAUAGAGAAGGCAUUUGCUGAUUUUCAGUAUGGUAGAAAUGGAUUUGAAAACGUCAAGACAUGGAACUCGUUGAUUUCCGAAGGUGUGACGAAGGAAAUGAUCGAGGGAGAGUUGGACGGUAAUUUGGAGAAGAGAGAAAAGACCAGACAAGCGUAUCUUCAGAGAAAUGCAAAAGAUGAGCUCUAG